UUUUCUUUUUUUUUUUUUUUCCUUUCUUCCUCCUGCUCGAGAUUUGCUGUCAUCUCAACAUCAAACGACCGACGCACAAUGAGACCCAUUGUCCCUCCGAUCGCAAGCUCGGCCCAGCUCGCUCCCAACGCCGGCUCGGUGCUUGGCGGCGCUGGCGCGCACCCAUUCGCAGACAUCCUGAAUGCCCUGUCCCUCCCACCGGCGGAGCGCUCGGAAGACGCCGACGACAUCAUCUUCACUGCUCUGCGAAAACUGCACGCUUUGGCCAAGCUGCGAAGCGCCCGGCUGCACACUAUUGCGGCGACAGUCACUGUCGAGUCCCUUCCGCCGGGCACUGUGGUGUUUAGCCAAGCGGACGAUGUUGCGUUCUGGUACGGAAUUUUGCGCGGUGCCGUCUCAGUCACCGUCUACGACGAGGACGACGACACCUCCCACCCAUUAGAGGUGGCUCGCCUCUUCGAGGGCCAGGGCUUCGGUGACACGGCAAUCAUGACGGACGAGCCGGCCAGCUCGACGAUCCGCACCAUCACUGCUUGCGAUCUCGUCAAAAUUGGUCGUGCCGAGUUCAAGGGCAUGAUGGAGAUGCAUCUCCUGGACGAGAUGAACGCCAUGUCCAACGAGGACAGGUCACCGCGGUCCCCGAUGCGGCCACAGGCUGGAUUUGGCAGGCGCUCCAACGACUCAGUGUCCAAGCUGAUUCGCACGUCGUCGUCCGGCAAGUUCCAAGGCCUACCUGGUGGGUUGAGUCCGUCAGGAUCGAAUCCUACAACCCCAAUCGUUGCCGCCGAAUCUGAACCGAAGAAACCCAUCCUCCCCGUCGGAACAGUUUCUGCCAGGAGCAGACCUCCUUCCAUUGCGAUUACGGUGGACAAUUCACACGGCGACAUGAGCGAUCCGCUGCCGGAGGGCCGUUCAAUUCUCCCUUCACCUCGUGUUGACCCGACUUUGCAAGAGCGAUUCAUGAAGCCGGUCUCUGAGCGCACGGAAGACGAUCUACUUGACAUUCUGCAAGAGCUCAACCAACUCAAGGCCUUGUCAGACCUGACGCCAGCAGAAAAGCGUAGUCUGGCGGCCAUCACUCGCUUUCAGGUGGUUCCACACGCCGGUGACAUUGUUGUGCGACAAGGCUCCCAGGGCGCCACCUGGUACAUUCUCGCGCAGGGCUCAGUUGAAGUCGUUGUCAAUCGCACCACGGUGUGCUCGUUGGGCCCUGGAGAAUCCUUUGGCGAGAAUCUUGUCAAGUACCCUGGCCCAUGGCCGGUGACAAUCAUAACAAAGGAGGACGAGUGCCAGCUUUUGAUGGUUCAUCAUGCAGACUUUGAGACUGUUUUCAAGGAGGCUGCUUCGAACACGAGAAUAGUGCGCGAUUCCAGCAAUGCGAUUGUUAUGGUGAUGGAGCGACGACCUGGAGAGCACCGAGAAGGAUUUGUAGUGAUGAGCGCAAUGCGAGAUCAGCUAGUGAGCUACCUGGUUAGCCAAGAAGAUGAAUGCGAUGUUCACUUUUUGGAAGAUUUCCUGCUCAUGUUCCGGACGUUCAUGACGCCAAUGGAGCUCUGGACUGCGCUGAGCGCACGCUUCCAAACUCCCGCUCCAGCCAACCAACUCAUUUCGCCGAUUCUGGUGGCAACCAUUCGUUCCAAAAUUGUCGGAGUCAUUUUUGCCUGGGUUCGCUACUACUUUAACGACUUUGAGUCAGAUCGAGCGCUCUCCACUGCGUUGGAUCGGUUUGUCGAGUCUCUGCAGAGGGACAAGCUCGCAUCCGAGCACGAUCUGCUUCGGAGCGAGUUGGAUACAAUUGCGGCUGCAUCGGCAAGACCGUCGAAUGCAACACACUCGCUUGGGCACACGUCGCAUUCCACCACUGCCCUGUACACCGGGAGUGCUAGUGCUGCCGCAUCGCCCGAGAUUCCGCGCAGUAGCUUGAAAACCCGCACACGCAGCUUGAGCGUCACGCCUGACAGCAUGCCCAAGUUGUUUAUUCCUCCGAUGCACAGCUCGGUCAACUCGGACAAGUUGUUCCGCGGCACGCUCAAAGCCUCCCAGCGGCGCGAGCGAAAGAGCAACAACCCAUUGCUCUACGAGCGCAAGGCUUCAGUGGCCUCGGUUGUUCGAGGUGGUCCCGACAUGGAUGUCGUGCGUGUCUAUCGCAGCGACGAGUCUUACAAGACGGUGGCCAUCCAGAAGACCACCAGUGCUCAAGAGCUGGUUGCAAACGUCAUCACCAAGUUCAAUAUCACUGACGCCCCUUCAACCUACAAACUUGUUGAAGUGAAACUGAGCGGAGAUCAACGCGACAUUCCGGACGGGGACGUGUCCCUCGCGAGCCAGCUUUCGCUGAAUGGCCGUCUGUACAUCAAAAAGAGGGUGAUUCAACCCCGACUUGGCGAUUCAGGCUCUGGUGUGAACGUCACACGGUCCAAAAAGACCUUGUCCAAGGCCGUGGUUGCGCAAGAGUCGAUCGAUGAGGAAGACCUCAAACCCGCGCCACUGCCGGCAGGCCUGCAUGACUCGGCUCGUGAAAACAUGCUUCUUGAGAUGGACGAACGAGACAUCGCACGUCACAUCACGCUGCAGGAUUAUCACUUGUUCUCAAGCACCGAGAGUAUCGAGUACAUUACUCUGCUGUGGCGACACCAGGGCAAGGACAUUUCCAAUUUGCUCAUGUUCAUGCAGCGCUUUAACGAACUCAACUAUUGGGUUGUUACCGAGGUGUGCUCGUCCAAGAACACCAUUCGGCGAGUCAACGUGAUUAAAAAGUUUAUUACCAUCGCCAAGGACUUGUUGUCUUGCAACAACUUUAAUGCGGCAUUUGCGAUACUGAGCGGUUUGGACAAUGUGGCGGUGACACGGCUACACGAAACCUGGGAGAAAGUACCGGCCCGCCUUGUGGCCGAGCUUGAGGAAAUGCAAAUGCUCAUGGAUCCAUCUCGCAACAUGAAGGCGUACCGCACGUUGAUUCAGCAGACCGCGCCUCCUGCCAUUCCUUUCUUCCCCCUACUCAUGAAGGAUUUGACGUUCAUGCGCGAGGGCAACGACAGCGUGAUCGAGGGCCGCAUUAAUUUUGAUCUCUUGCGCAUGAUCAGCCGUGCGAUUCGCUCGCUCGAUCCUUUCCGCUCGACGCCUUACGACAGCACAACCUUGCUUCCUGCGGUGCGUCGGCGCCGCACCACUGUGGGCACUCCAAUUGAGCUUGAUGGCUCACCCAUUGUAGUGCCGAAUCCAGUCAAAGAUUAUCUUGCCGGCCUGAUUGUCAUCGAUGACCAGCGUCAGCUCAGCGCAUGGUCGCGCGAGUGUGAGAUGUCGGCAAAAGAGCGCCGAGCGCAGACAUCGCGGCAAUCGACUCGGAGGUAGCGGUUGCCAAAAUCUUUGUCCCUGUAACGUCCAGUCUACCAAUUUCUUGAUUCAAUCAUUGUUGCCGCAUUGGCGAAAAAUUACAAAUAUAUUACUUAGCUUGCAAGCGAGCAAAGAA